AUGUCAAUCACCGGCGGCGCCAUGAACCAAUCAAAACCAUUUCAGUAUCCACUCUACGAACAUUUCUCAAAAGCAGCAGAAACCCUAAGCGAUGAACUAAAGCUCUUCGGAAACUCUGCUUCCUCAACCAUAGACGAAGAAGAAGAAGAAAAAGAAAAAGAAAAAGAAAAAGCAAACAAUAAUGGAGCUGAAGAUCAAAGAGAGAUUUUCUUCUUGCGUUCCAUGCUGGAGUUCUUCUACACAAACAAGGUCUAUCCUUACACCUCACUGUCCAAUAAAGUUGAUUUCUGCAUCAAAUAUAUGAAAACCAUGACUGUGGACGAGUUCAACGCUCUUCAUGACAAGUACCAAAACAAGUAUAUGAAGAGAGUCAUCAAGCUUUGCAGGAAGCUUGAGGUCUUGGAUCAGCCUCAUGAUCAAGAUGCCUUCGAUCUCGGCAACAGGAUUUGGGGUACCAGAAGCUUCGAGAUGGGCUUCGAAGUCGAAGAACCAGAAGAAUCAGACCAUGAUUUUAACGAUAUCAGUGAUAAUGAAAGUAGUCAAGAUCAAGAUGAAGCCAUGGGACCGACUGAAGAAGAACAAGUCAAAGAAAAAGAAAAAGAUAAACAUCAAGAGGAUAAUGAUCUUUUGUAUAGGUGUCCGUUCUUGAUAGGGACGUUCAGGUUCGGGAGCGGAGUAGGGAGGAUACCGGUGGUGUCGGAGAGUGCAGUGGAGAGUGCGGUGGGGCGCCUUGGGGAGAGUGCGGUGCAGAGGUGGGAUGAUAAGUGGAAGAAACUGCAGAUUGAGGAGAUGCAGAACUACUUGGCUCAGCUGAAUUUCAUCAGGCACCAGACGUUGGUUUUGUUGGAUGAGCUUCAAAAUAACAACAAUCCUGCUGAAUCAGCAUUAGCAAACCAAGUUAGUUUCACUUCGUUUCUACAAUUCUUAUAUCAUUCUUCAUGCACCAUACCAUAUUUGUUCACUAUGAUUUGA